UCUCUCUCUCUCUUUCUGCGGUCUCUCCGCCUCUCUCUAUCCAUCACAGCGAACCAUAAAAAUCCUGUUCUUUUUGGUUUCUGCACUCAUCGCAUCGGCUUCUCUCCGCUCCUCUCCUCUCGUCUUUCCUCUGAGAACUGCCUUCGUUGCCUUCCAAAAUGCCUUCUUUGCGUUCAAAACUAGCUCCUUUUCCUAUCUUUUCUCUUCUACCUUGCUCUUUCUCCUCCGCCUUCUGCUGCUUCUUCUUCUUCUACCUCGCUGUGUUCUUCUUCUCCUUUUCUUGCUCAGAGCCCGCCUCGGCCGACGUUGUCCUCCUCCUCAACAAGAUAAAGCCUACCCUCCAAGGAUCCGCAGUCAACGCCGAGCUGUCCUCUUGGAACGCCUCCCUCCCGCUCUGUCUCUGGCGUGGCCUGGGAUGGUCUGUGGGUGCCAGCUCCGCAGUGCUCCGGUGCGAAGACGAUUCGGCCCUUCGCUCCAACCUUUCCCUCUCCUUGGACCCCUCUCUCCGCCUCCUUUCCAUCCGACUUCCAGCCGCCGCCCUCGCUGGCUCCGUCCCGCCGGAGCUCGGCCAGUUUUCCUACCUCGAGGUCGUAUACCUCGGUGUCAACUCCCUUACCGGCACCAUCCCCCUUGAGCUUGGGAACGCCCCUGCACUCGCCGACCUUGACCUUUCCAGCAACACCUUGGACGGAACCCUCCCGCCCUCCAUCUGGAACCUCUGUGACCGCCUCAAGUCGCUUCGCCUUCACGGCAACAACCUCUCUGGUGCGGUUCCUGACCCCGCGGAGCCCAGCUCGAGCUGCGACAAGCUUAAAACUCUGGACUUGGGCAACAACCGUCUUCAAGGAUCCUUUCCCAACUUCAUCACCAGGUUCGGUGGGCUGGAGGAGCUCGACCUCAGCAGCAAUCUCUUCUCCGGCUCGAUUCCAGACUCGCUUGCGGGUCUCAGAAGCCUGCAAAAGUUGAAUCUUUCUCACAACAACUUCACUGGGCCAUUGCCCGCGUCGUUCCAGGAGUCCAGUUUCACGGCGGAGGCGUUCCAGGGGAACAACCCGAGUUUAUGCGGCCCACCACUGGGGAAAUGCGGGUCAAGUUCCGGGCUGAGCGCCGGCGCCAUCGCAGGCAUAGUUAUCGGGCUGCUGGCUGGGGCGGUGGUCCUGGCGUCGGUGUCCAUCGGCUGGGUGCAGGGGAGGAAGAGGCGUAACAGGGAAAGGAAGGCGGACGAGGUGGAGGACAUGGUGUUCGAGGAGGAUGGGAACAACGGUGCGGAGGGGAAGCUGGUGGUGUUCCAGGGCGGCGAGCACCUGACCCUGGAAGAGGUGCUGAACGCCACCGGGCAGGUGAUGGAGAAGAUGAGCUAUGGGACGGUGUACAAGGCGAAGCUGGCCGACGGUGGGAACAUUUCCCUCCGGCUGUUGAGGGAAGGCAGCUGCAAGGAUCAAGUUGAGUGCUUGCCGGUCAUCCGCCAGCUCGGCCGAGUUCGGCACGAGAACCUGUCGGCGCUGAGGGCGUUCUACCAAGGCAAACGAGGGGAGAAGCUCCUCAUCUACGACUUCCACGUCAACAAAUCCCUUCAUGAGCUCCUCCACGAUAACAGAGCAGGGAAGCCGCAGCUGAACUGGGCUCGCCGGCACAAGAUAGCCCUCGGAGUGGCGCGGGGGCUCGCCCACCUCCACACCGCCCUGGAGACGCCGAUCACGCACGGCAACGUGCGGUCCAAGAACGUGCUCGUCGACGAUCACUUCGUGCCGCGUCUCGCCGAGUUCGGGCUCGACAAGCUGAUGGUGCCGGCGGUGGCCGACGAGAUGGUGUCCGCCGCCAAGUCAGACGGAUACAAGGCGCCGGAGCUCCAGAAGAUGAAGAAGUGCAACCCGAGGACGGACGUGUACGCGUUCGGGAUACUGCUGCUGGAGAUCCUGAUGGGGAAGAAGCCGGCGAAGGGGAGCGGGAGGGACGGCGACGGGGCGGACCUGCCGUCGCUGGUGAAGGUGGCGGUUCUGGAGGAGGCGACGAUGGAGGUGUUCGACGUGGAGGUGGUGAAGGGGAUACGGAGCCCGAUGGAGGAGGGCCUGGUGCAGGCGCUGAAGCUGGCGAUGGGGUGCUGCGCGCCGGUGGCGUCGGUGAGGCCGGACAUGAACGAGGUGGUGAAGCAGCUGGAGGAGAACAGGCCUCGGAACAGGUCGGCGUUGUAUACUCCCACCGACAGGAGUGAGAUCGGGACGCCAUUCUGAGGCCAUGCCAAGCCACUGGAGCUUCUUCUUCUCAUUGGAUCGGUUGCUGCUGCAGUGCUGCUUCCAAAGGGAUGAAGAAGAAGAAGAAGAAGAAGAAGAACAUGUGAUAGAGUAGAGAGAGAGAGAGAGAGAGUAAUGCUGGUGAGAAUAGUGGAUUGCUUAGUUUGCUGCUACACAGUGAAACCUUCAGUCUGAAGAGUGUCUUUUGUUGGAUGAGGAGAAGGCAGAUGAACUCUUCCUUCUUCUUCUUCCUUGAGCUGAUGACCAAAAUCGAUGGCAUUAUGUAUUCUGUGGAUCUUUUCAGAAGAAAUUGUGAGUCUUUUUGGUUUGAUAGCAGCCAUAUUUGUUUGUGUA